CCAGAAGGUUUGCUUCGAGUUCUGUAACACCAUUGCACCACCUGUGCUCACCCACUUGUCCUCAUCAAUCAGCGCAUCCCACUCGACAAACCACCACCUCAUUCACCACACCCACACCCGCAUCGCCAAUCCCGUGGUGCUCUCCCGCGGCAGCCAUGCGACUUUCGAGGCACCACCCUUUCCUGGACCUUAGAUAGCAUUUCUCUCUCGCUCUCUUCUACCUUGCGUGAUCCUCGACCGCUGAGGCUUGUGGAGCUAGCAAGUAUCGUGCGAGUUGUUGCGCCGCGCACUUUCGACGCCCGCCCGCCAUGGCCAGUGAAGACACGAUCAGGCAGUUGAAUUCUGCACGCGACAUAGUCCUCCGCGACCCCGCCAUCUACCCCCAAAUCGUCCCGGGCGUGCUGCCCGUCAUAGGCGCAUCGCAGCCUUUAGGAUUGCGGAGAUGGGGCGCCGACUUCCUUGCCGAGACGUUCGCCAGUCCCGUUGUCAGCCCCGAGGACAAGGAGAAGAUGUGUUUGGGGGUGUUGGACACACUACAAGGAUAUCUGAAUCGAAAGGAGCAGAGUGGCGGCGAGGAGGACGUCAAUGUAUUGAAGAGUGCGAUUCAGUGCUUCGCAAGCAUAUACCCGUACGUCUUCCGGUACGUGGUUACACACGCCGAGGAGAGUGUCAAGGAGGUGUGGGCAAAGGUGAUGGGGAUGAAGAGUGGCAUUUUACGGAGGAUGGACUCGGCGCCAGCGGGAGUGCGGAUAUGCUGUAUCAAGUUCGUGGCGCGCGUGGUGCAGGUGCAGACGCCUGGUUUGAUUGCCGACCCGCGGAAACCGGAUCAGAACGAGGUCUCGCUUGCCCUUGUUCCGCGAGAGCAUGCCAUUCUUGUGCCCAGCAACCUGGAAGCCGAGGCCAGCGGGCUCCUCGAUCGCCUUUUGACGGUCCUUGAAGACAAUCCGGCGGACGCAUUGACGGUCACCUCGACUCUGAACGCCCUCUCGCCUUUGAUCCACCGCCGCGCCUCCAUCUCUACCAAGAUCCUCGCCACAAUCCUCUCCUUCAAUCCGGUGCAAACGGGCAAGGACAGACUCAACGCAAAGUCCAUGACACGAACGACCAUCUCCCUCCUCAACAACGUCCUGAAACGCAUUCCCACGCAUACCCUCGCGCUCCGCAUUCAAAACCAGAUCGACAGAUUACGCCAUCUCUUGGCAGAAUCACUUCUCGACCAGCCCAACGCGCUCAAGCGAGGCCCAGAUGAGCCGAUUGACGGUCUUCAUGCGAACAAGCGCCUACAGCUCGACGCGGAAGCCUCUGGCGCCGCAGCACAGCAACGACGCGCAGACGGGCCUCUCCCCCUUGGACCAGUCAGUUUCAAGGAUCUAUACACUCUCACCGCAGAUCCGCGAGCAGCGGGCUUCCAUGUGGGCAUUUUGCCUGAGCAAAUCGUUGCGCAGCUGGUGCCUCCGCUCCUGCAGAACGUCAAUUCCACGCAGUUCGACCAAGCCUUGAAUCUCUUGCGGACGAGGAUCCUGGAGCUACAGCGCAGGCCACUGCCUAGCGCAGUCGAUGCUGCGAGAGUCGGGCCUGGCGAUGGCAUCGGAGACGAGGAGGACGAGGAGUAUGAUCCGAAUGUGUUAGGAAUUGGGGAAACGGAUCAGGUCAAUCCGAUUACGAGCGAUGAGCGACAGGGCCAUUUGCGACUGGAGGUGAUGAAGUUACCUGCCGAGCCUCCCCUGAACGAGAACGAAAGGUUAGAAUACGGAGAGCAUGCGCGGCAGAGGCUGUUUGGUACGCUGCGGGACCUAGAUGACGAGCUUGAUAAGAAGAGAGCGGGAAAGGCCGGGGUGGCGGAGAGGGAGCGAAUCGGUGGCUUCGGCCAGUCAAUGGGGGCUGGAAUCGCAGGGCAUGAGCGAGAGAGCUGGAUUACACUGCUCGUGCGCAUGGCCACUCGAUCCGCUUUUGAGACCAAGGAAGGUGCAGACGAUGAAGAGGAGGAAGAAGACGAAGCAGCCGUCAAGCGCGAGAACGACGACAGAAGUCUCGCCACCAAAACCAAGAGCGGGCAGCACUCCUCAUCAUCCUUCCCCGACAAAAUCCGCGACGCCCUCCAAACCUACAUCAUGUACGACUGGCGCCGCCGAAUCGACACAGCAAUCGCCUGGCUCAACGAAGAAUGGUACACCGAGCGCCUCUCCCGCCCCGCCUCGUCAACCACCAAAGCCCUCCCAACCUACACCCACCUCACCCUCUCCACCCUCGACCAACUCACCCCCUACCUCGACACCAAAGACGGCCGCUACCUCAUCCGCUUCCUCUCCGAAGUGCCCCACCUGCCCGCCGGCAUCUUUCCGCGCAUCAAGAAGAUCGCCGAGGACCCGGAGCGUGUGCAGCUGGCGUGUCAGGCUCUGCUGUAUUUGAUUAUGCUGCGGCCGCCGGUGCGCGAGGCGGCGAUUCAGUGCGCGAGGGAGAUGUGGAGGGAGAAUCGCGAUGCGAGGACGGGGGUGGAGAAGAUUUUGGUGAGGUGGGCGCCUGACGAGUUGAAGGGCAUGAAGCAGGAGGCUGAGGAAGGGGUGAAAGGGGAGUAGAGGGGGGCGUUAUGUAGAUUGAUGUAGGAUGUGAGAGUUGGAUUUGUGUGCAUGCUUUUUCACACAUUUCUUAUUCUUUCCGAUGCUGCUGUUUUGCUACAUGUCCAUAUCUGUCGUGGAAUGUGGCUUCAAUGGGUGUUCCCAAUUUAUGCCCAGCGGGUGGGUCUUGCCAUGCAUAAAAUUUCCCAGCAUCCCAAUAAUUUCUGACAUUCUGACAUCGAGUCACAAUCGCGAUU